AUGCAGCCCACCUCAACCACCCUACACUCCAUCAAAUUGGUGCAUCUAGAGAACGGCUCUGGACAAUGGAAGGGCUGCCACCGCUUCAAGCAUCCAGAAGUGAGCGACAGCAUCAGCUCGCUGACCACUCUACCAAACGAGAUACUACUGCAAGUCUUUUCGCAUGUCGAUUUGCAUAGGUCCAUCCGUGUAUUGGGCUAUAUUCCAGAUGAUCCCCCUCCAAGCUCUCCAGACGAGUAUCUCGUUUCCGAUUUUCGCGCUAAUUCUCGCUCGCUGCUCAACAUUGCGUUGACGUGUAAGAGGUUUACGGUUCUGGCUCGCGAAGUAUUGCUUUCUUCGCUCGUGCUCGAGGUCGACUUCCCAGAAACAUUGAAUGAGCUUUCCAACUCGGACAUCUACGGCCUGAUCUGGAGAUUACAAGCACGACCAGGAUGGAAACGACAUAUAAAGCAGCUGAGAUUAUGCUUACCGUCGGAAGAUCGUGGUAUCAUGGAGCUCAAUGGGCGAGGUCCGGUAGAGCCUCACGUGAACUAUCGCGUCUACGAGAAGGCGUGUGAGAUUGUCGCUUCCCUCGACCUACCCGCUUGGUUGAAGACAGGGAAGAUUGCAGAACUGAAGGGCACAUUCGCACAUGCUUCAGCUUCCGUGUUCUUGGCUCUGCUACCAAAUAUUGCGACGUUGUGCAUAUUCGACCCAGACUCAUAUCUUACCCUAGUUGAGGCGCAUUCCCAAGCCACGCGCCCUUGGCCGAAAUUUGCUUUAAGGCUACCGACCGCUCAUGUGCUAACCUACUUGAAGUACGAGAGCCCCUUACCACCGCUAUUAGGGGGCGGCUUGGAGCACUAUCCCAAUCUGCAUACCCUCGACCUGAGCAUCAGACUCCAAGGCCAAAUACACUCGCAGAUUCGCAUGCAAGCCGACCAUUAUCUCAAUAGCCGACGCGCACAGCCAACCAUCCGACAUCUACGUCUGGACUUUGAAGUCAGGACCGUCGGCGUAUGGAACACCACCGCUCGAGCGUGUAUGACGAACAUCCUCCGCGCUUUCCCCAAUCUUCAAACCCUAGAAUACUAUGCGGAGUCAUCAGACAGCAAGAACCCUUAUCGAAGUGUGCGCGCAUUUCCUGCCUAUCAAGCAAAUAUCCAAUACUAUCCAACCGGGCCGUCUGCUUUCGAGGACGAUGUCUAUGUGGAUGAGCAGUACUGGGACCGAACGAUAUACGAUGCGCGAAGCGAAGUCACCGACUACCAGAACCUCGUAGACGGCAUGGUACAUUUGCGUCCAAACCUCGAAACCCUACAACUACCAGGUGGCUUCUGGACACUACCGGGUGCGAUGCGCAAGCCACUACCGCGAUUCGACCAAUUUGAGCAACUCAAGAAACUGGUCAUCCCUCAAGCAGCGCUCAUAUCGAUCAAGCUUGACAACAUGCGUUUUGACGCAGUCUUUGAAGGCGAUUUCGAACUUUCACCGACGCAAGCUCUUCCGAUCUCUUUGCAGCACCUCAAGAUUUUCGACGUUGACUUGGCAUUCUUGGAAAGCAGGUGGCUGCAGGAUCUCUUUGGCGCGCAGAAGGCGAACCAUUGGCCGAGGCUGCAGUGUGUGGAGAUCUUGAUGGGGCCUACGGUCACGGGGUUGUGUCUUGAGGAGUUGAACGCCAGACAGCGCAAUGCGGAGUUCUGGAAGCUGGUGAAUGAGGCGAACUUUGAGGUGGUAGUGGGGAGGGAUGAGGAGAGGCCUGACGCUUGA